AUGCCGUGGGGAAGCCGCAGCACGGCCGCCCGGCCAGUCAGCCGCCCCACCGAGCCCUCUACCGACCCGCCCGCGCACUCACCGCCCUCGGCAGCAGCCCCGGCUCCCCCGCCUUUGGGCCAGCCGGGCCUCAUGGCUCAGAUGGCACCCACGGCCGCAGGGGUAGUCUUGGGCUCGGCUGUGGGACAUGUCAGAGCCCUGACCGGAGCCUUCAGCGGGGACGCGGAGCGGGCCCAGCCUGCCGCUCAGCAGGCCCCAACCCAUGCUGCCUCCCAGCCCCUGCAGAUGGGGCCCUGCGCCUAUGAGAUUAGGCAGUUCCUGGACUGUUCCACCACUCAGAGUGACCUGUUCCCGUGUGAGGGCUUCAGCAAGGUCCUGAAGCAGUGUAAGUACAACCAUAGUCUGAGCUCCCUGCCCUGAAGAUGUCGGUGCACUCAGGGGCCAGCCCUGCAUCAACCUCUGCCCCUCGUCAACCGCUAGACCACAACACUAG